ACGUCAAAUUAUUAUAAAAAAGUUUAAUAAACAGGUGUUAACAAUAAAAUUCGGACAAUAUUUUUGUCUUAAUUUGUAUGGUAAACAAUUGAGACCGUUCAUAUAUGAAUUUGGGUUUAUUUAAUCGUGUAAAUUUAAAGGAAAGCACCGAACAUAAGGGAAUGUACUCAGAAUGGACCUCUCUAAGUUAUCAAGUACAGACAUGUGGUUUAGAGAAUCCAAGUGUUUUAGAAAAAUUUGGAGAAACUGUAGGCAAAGAAGUAGCUUUAGGUGUGGUACGACAGCUUGCUAGUAACUUGGGCAUUACACAAACAGCAGAGCCUAGCCCCCUUAUAACCGAUAAAGAGGUCAAUUGGUGCAUGGAAGUAAUAUGUUUUGGCCUGUCUCUACCUUUAGCUGAACAUGAUAUUAUUAAAGAUUGUGUCAACGUCUAUUGCGAAUGGUUAUCUGCAUUGCUGUCUUCUCAAAAAAUAUGUGUUCCAAAACCCAUAUGUGAUGAUGCUAAUAUGUAUGCAAGAAAGAUCAUUUUACAUUUCCAUCAUUUAUUUGUUCCAAGGAAAGGGGAAGGUCAAGAUACAAUUAAUAGACAAGCUGUUUUAUGUCACCGAGUUCUACGAACUUUACAACAAGUAGCACAUGAGUCAAAAAGUCUUACAACUGAAACUUGGAAUGCCCUGUUGUUAUUUUUACUUGCAAUAAAUGAUACUUUGCUGUCCCCUCCUACAGUUAAAGACGAUGUAGCUGAUCAGCUGUGUGAGAGAGUUUUGAGUGUGCUGUUUGAGGUGUGGUUGAUAGCAUGCUCUCGUUGUUUUCCCACUCCACCCCUAUGGAAAACGUUGAGGGAAUGUUGCCUUAAUUGGAGACAUAGGGUUGCUUUGGUUGAGCAAUGGAACAGGGUAAAUUUGGCCCUUACCUCAAAGGUUCUCGCCUUCAUGUAUGGACCAAAUUUUCCUGAUUUUAAAGUGGGGGAAGACGAUUUAAUACCGCCUGAUAUGAACAAUGAUUGUAUUGUUCAGAGUUGGUACCGAUUUUUAAACACUUUAGGGAAUCCAGUUAAUUUAACAAAACCAGAAGUAAUAAGUCAAACGCAAAAAUUUUUGCAGUUUGCAAUCAGCAGCGACUCUGUUGUGGAUCCUUGUCAGCAUCCUUGCUUAAAAUCUUUACCACUAAUUUUUUUGAAAGCGAUUAAAGGCAUUGCCGGACAUGUUGAUGCUUUUUUAGGUAUUGCGCAACCAAUUUGGUGGGAGGAGGUUGUUAUUGGAGGCGGAACGGACAAAAAUAAGGAGUCGGGGCCGUCUAUUCCUACUACACACUCUCCUACGCCUCCCACUCAGCGCAGACUAACCAAAAGUUUCAGUGUUGCACCAUCUUCAGUUACUAAGGGGAUACCUAAAACUUCACUAAUUGGUCUAACAAGUAGCAGGGGUUCUGCAAUUUUGCCAAACACAUCUGCUUCUAGCUCAGGUCCAUCAUCUGCGUCCAGUUUGUCUUCUUUAACAUCGUUAAGUUUCGAAUGCAGGAGUACUCUGGCCCCAGAAAGAGCAAAAUGUAAUAGUAUUUUACAUUUAUUCGGGGAGUGGUUGUUUGAGGCAGCUUUUGUAGGGAGUGAUUUACCUCAAAGGCAACUUUCCGAACACAAACAGCGCCCCAAUUCUAUUGUAAUGGAUGGUAAAGGCUCAAUAAGUCUUUCACAACCAGAUACAUUAAACUCUUUGGCGGAUCUCCCUUCAUAUUUGAGUAUAGACAAGUACGAAAGUGGUCGUGCAGAGGCCCUGGGUGCUUUAUGCCGUAUUAUUUGCGCAAAAAAGACUGGAGAAGAAAUACUACCCGUUUAUUUGGCUCGUUUUUAUCUGGCUGUUCAACAGGGGUUGAAAUUGCAGCCUAAUAGAGAGUGUGGAGAGAGCAUGGUUGCUAUUUUGAUGAAUUCGUCGGAUUUGUUUAGACUGGAUUUAGACGGAGUUAGGAUCCUGCUACCCGCUUUUAUUUCUGCUUUAGAGUUGGUUUUGCCUGACAAAGAUCUCACAUUGAGUUGCAACGUUUCAAAAGUCGAAUUGAGGAAGGCUUCCAUCAAUAUUGUGCUGUCUAUAAUAAUUUUACCUCUACAUUUUCAAAAUGUCAACAUAAAGGAAUUAAUCAAUCAAGGUUCGGAAAAGAAUGUAACUUUCGCGCAAUUGAAGCCAAGAAUAAUGAAUCUUGUAAUGAAUGCAUUACAAGUAGAGAAUGACUCUACAAAUACGCAUAUGUUGCUUGGAGGUCUCUUUCUGUGCGUCCAGGACUCUGCAGCGUUUGAAAGUGUUGAACAGGUCACUCAACCGUCCACAGACACCUCCUCUAAUCUGUUAAGUUCAGUAGCAUCUGAUACUGCAAGCAUGGCUAGUGGCUUCGAUUAUUCUCAAGGAUCAUUGUCUAUGGAUCAAACAUCGUCCGAAUUGCCUGAUAUGGUCCAUGCGUGUGAUUCGGCACAUGCGCUUUUCGUAAGGGCUACUUAUUUAGUGUGUCAUCGAUUAAUUUCCUCGUGGAAGACUGAUUUAAGCGUCUCAUUAGCGGCUUUAGAGCUGUUGUCAGGAUUAGCUAGAAUACAUAUUAAAGAAUCAGACGCAUUAGAAUGCAAAAGAGCAGUUAAAUGGCUUUGUGAUUACAUCGUUUAUCAAUGUUCUCGACCUCCUCCUGCUCAUUCUAAAGACUUACACUCUACAAUAGUUGCUGCUUUCCAGUGCUGUUCAAUAUGGUUGUUAGAACAUCCAUAUUUACUGAGAGAUAAGGACUGUUUGACAACAGUUUUAGAAGUGUGUGAACUUGGUGUAUCCGGUUCAAAAUCAGUAGGAAAACCGGGAGAAAAAAUUAAAAUGAAAGAAGAUAAAGAACUGAAACCUGCUUCCAUGAGAGUGAGAGAUGUAGCCGAAAAUUUGCUUACAAAAAUUUUAGAACAGGUUGGAUAUUUUCCAAAUGAAUGUGGCCCCGAAUCGAUUUCUUCUUUGCUAGAUGAAGUAACUUUACUACAACAUUGCAAUACUUGGUCUGACAAUUGCGCUGAUCUUUCGUCAGCAGUAGAACGUUUUAGAUAUUUUGUGACAGAAGGAUCUGUAAUGCUGGCACUUCUUGAAGAACCUUUGGGAAAUGAUCAGGAUCCACAGCCUACAGUGACGUUGUUAAUUAGAGGACCAUUUGGACGUCACGCAUGGACCAUGCAGUUGCGGCAUUUACCUAGACAUCGGUCAGGGACAAAAUAUCACGCGACUCAUCCCGGACGUCCUAUCGCCAUGCAUGAUGCUCCAAUUCGACCAGAAAUCAAACAGAAGUAUUUCCCAGAAGGGGUUGACCAGGUUCCCCAAUGCAAAAUAGAUCAGUCAAUUCCUUCAUUAGAAUCUGUAAUGGCCAAUGAUGAAGUAAUAAGCGAAGAGACCAGGAAAUUGGAACAAUUUUUGAAAAGGCAAACUGUUGCAGAGUCGAAUUUAGUUUCGAAUCAAGCAAAGGUCCAGCCAGUUGAGUGUACACCACCCCCAAUUUGUCACGACUUCCAAACUGCUAGACUAUUUUUAUCCCAUUUUGGCUUUCUAUCUUUUGACAAUGACCAAGAAGAUGAGCAGGGCUCCUAUUCUCUCAUAGCAUUAGAUAGCAGUGCGACUGAUUUUUGCAAAGAUCUGUUAACUUUGGACAAAAUAAGUCCAAGAACGUGCGACACAGUACACAUUUUUUAUGUUAAGUCGGGACAAAUGUCCGCACAUGAUAUAGUGGACAAUAUUACUAGACAAAACGGUGUCUCUGGACCAUUUUUAGAAUUCAUUCAUACCCUAGGGUGGCCAGUUGAUAUAAACAACCAUCCAGGAUGGACUGGUCAUAUAAGCACCAGUUGGAAAAUCCCUCCACAAAAUAUAGAAAAUAAAGUACCUGCCAAUCAGUCAAAUUCCUUGUACGACGGUCAGAAACAGGUGCUGUACUGGGCUGAUGCUUGCUCGGAGGUCGCAUUUGUGGUACCCUCAAAUAACACAACAAAAGCCUCCGAGAAUCAACAGCCCGAAAACGUGUUGUUUAACACCAGCAGUCUUUCUUCUUGGUACGAAAGAAGCGUUUCUGAUGGUGGCACCGCCAGAGAUAAGCGAGCUUUAUCACUAGAUUUUGAUAAGCAACCAGUACCUCCCAGAAGAUCCGGAAAUAGACAUAGCACCCACGCAUAUACCACCACCAAAGUGAUUGUUGCAUGGUUAGAAAGCUUCGAAGAUCAAUUAACUUUACCUAUUAAUGAUCUUCUAAAUUAUAUGGACACAGGACUAGAUGCUAAUCCUCCUAGGGUUAGUGAUGUAUUAGUGAUAGGAUUACAUUGGUUGGCAUCCGGAAUGCUAAGGGUACAUCUUAGGGGAAAUAUGGGAAGAGUAGGUUUGGCUUCUCCUCUUAUAGAUGGUAUGGUGGUGAGCAGGAGAGCCUUGGGAUCACUCGUAAGACAAACUGCACUAAAUAUGGCAAAGAGGAGAAGACUGGAUUAUGAUGUUUAUCAGCCACCUCACGUUAAAAGGAGACUUAAAAUUCAAGAAAUGGUUCAAAAAUAUAAACGAGAAAUGACUCCCCCAGAAUUAUUUACAUAUUUAUUUAGCAAUCCCUAAAUGUUUAGCUAUUUUUUUAAAUUAGAUCAGUAAACUAUGAAGUGAUAAACAGUUAAGUAUUAUUUAAUUUGUACGUUACGUACGUAACUUAUAUUAUUUUGUUAAUGGAUAUGUCAAU